CGGCCAGUAUAGCAUUUAUCCUGUUUCGUGUUAGGAAAAUAUGAGUAGGUCUCUGUUAUUUGCCAGUUUAUUUUGUCUGCUUGUAGCAGACGUUAGAAUUGUCUUGUCGGGUGAGCCUUUGUCAACACGGUCCGUUGAAAACUUUUUGUUUGACAAAAUGAUGGAAAUUAAUAUGAACAUGAAGAAAGUAUUGGAAAGAUUGGAUAAGCUUGAAAGUGAAAAAGAACAACAAAAAAGUGAUAAUUCAAGAUUGAAUACUCCUGGACAACGGGUGCUGCUUGUCUCGGAGCUUGAGCAGGACGGAUGGAAGAUGGUAUUUCGGGCCUCAUCAAGUAAUGGGCAAAAUGUAUAUAAUGCGUGGACCAAAGGGGUUGGUGUUUCCUCAUACAAACCCAAAUCUAUGGCAAGAUCGUACUCGGAUCACUACAGAAACAGAAUUGUCUCAAACUGGGCCAAUAUUGGGGUAAAGUAUGUCAAGUAUGCCUACUAUGAAAACAAUCAAGAAGUUGCUUACGUCAUAUUCAAUGGGGCCGGAAGUAAUAUCAACUCUUGGUUUGAUAAACGACGUGUUAUCUCAUCAAGCUAUACAGAUCUAACUGCAACCAGAAGUUUCAACCUCUUCUCGAUUGCUGGAGAUUACAGACCCAGAUCAGGUGAACGUCGCUUUAUAAUCAACUCACACUAUGGUGGUUGUGCUGUAGACCAAGGUCACAUGGUAAUAUCUGAAGAAGAACGUCCAAAUAACUUAUGCAACUGGGAUAACCAUCCAAAAUAUCCACAAUUCCUUUACUCGAAGAUUAACACAAUCGACUAUUGGAGCAGACGAAUGUUUGGAAGAGCCGACUACAUGGCAAUUUUUAUCAAAUCUUAAUAGAACGUUGAACGAAUGAGACCUGUUUUGGUGAAAUUGUUCACAAACAUUUUCUUUGAUAUCUAUUUUCAAGUUUUAUUAUAUUAACACAAAAAUUACGAAACCGAAAUUGCAAUUCGAAACAGUUUAUCGUAAGUUAGUACUAGUAACUGUAUAUUACAAUGUUCUGACAAGUCAGCAGCGACGACACGAUCAUAUUCAAGCCACUAUGCUAUUGUCUUAAACUUAGCCAAUAUUUGAGUAGCGGACAAAGGUGAAAGCGGUAGAAAUGAAGAAUGCAAUCGGGAAAUAAAUAAUAGCGAUUC